CUGCGGCCCCCGGGACGCGCGGUGCUGCGAGGAGGCCCUGCUGUCAAGGAGCUCGCAGUCUCUCGAGGGAGACGCGUGUAGACGGAGCAUGACAACAGCCUCGUGGGGGGCUGUGGGGCGCGGGGGCGGAAGGAAAAUCUGGUGUUCCUCUAGAUGGCCUGAUAUGAAGGACUCACGCUUCACACCUCCGGGAGCUGUAACUGCCUUGUCCUUCAAGUGCAGGAACUGGUUGAAAUGUCAGGAAUGGAAGCCAAUGUGACUAUCCCAAUCUGGCAAAACAAGCCACAUGGGGCUGCUCGAAGUGUAGUGAGAAGAAUCGGAACCAACUUACCCCUGAAGCCAUGUCCCCGGGCAUCCUUUGAGACCCUGCCCAACAUCUCGGACCUGUGUUUGAGAGAUGUGCCCCCAGUUCCCACCCUGGCUGACAUUGCCUGGAUUGCUGCAGAUGAAGAGGAGACAUAUGCCCGGGUCAGGAGUGAUACACGCCCUCUGAGGCAUACCUGGAAGCCCAGCCCCCUGAUUGUCAUGCAGCGCAAUGCCUCAGUGCCCAACCUGCGUGGAUCAGAGGAAAGGCUUCUGGCUUUGAAGAAGCCAGCCCUGCCAGCCCUAAGCCGUACAACUGAGCUGCAGGAUGAGCUGAGCCACCUACGCAGCCAGAUUGCCAAGAUAGUGGCAGCUGAUGCAGCUUCGACUUCAUUAACGCCAGAUUUCUUAUCUCCAGGAAGUUCAAAUGUCUCUUCUCCCUUACCUUGUUUUGGAUCCUCAUUCCACUCUACAACUUCCUUUGUCAUUAGUGACAUCACCGAGGAGACAGAGGUAGAGGUCCCUGAGCUUCCAUCAGUCCCCCUGCUUUGUUCUGCCAGCCCCGAAUGUUACAAACCAGAACACAAAGCUACCUGCAGCUCGUCUGAAGAGGAUGACUGCGUCUCUCUGUCCAAAGCCAGCAGCUUUGCAGACAUGAUGGGUAUUCUGAAGGACUUUCACCGGAUGAAACAGAGCCAAGAUUUUUUUUGCAUUUACAGGAACCGGAGUUUAAUGAAGGAGGAAGACCCUGCAGUGCUUAUCUCUGAGGUCCUAAGGAGGAAGUUUGCUCUGAAGGAAGAAGAUACCAGUAGAAAAGGAAACUGACAACACUUCUCCCUGCAAACUCAGUUUCAUGCUCCUGGAAUUCCUUCAAUAGCUGCCUUCCUCACCUGCAGAUGUUUCUGCCUCUCAAUGAGAAAUCUUCUUCAACAGUCUUGUUGACAAGCUAGAGCUUGGACUAAAAGAGAAGAACUGGAUUAUAUACUUCUCAUACGUCAAAGUCUAGCAGAAGCUAAGGCCUGUAAUUUGUUACAGGUAAUUGUAUAGAAUGUGGUAUCUCGGUUUAAAGGGUAAGACAGAAAAAGUUUCUGAUUUUUCCUCACCCGUGUGUGAAAAUAGGUUCUAAAUGAAAUGACUUCACUGCAUUAGACUCUAUAACUGAUCUCAUCGGACACUGGGCUAGCUUUCACUCACUCUCAGUGGCUUCCUUACAACAGAGCAGGACUGAGGGAAGGGACUAUCAAUCUCUGUGUACAUGUUCACAGGGCAGGGAAAUUCUUAUGCUGCUCCAUCAUAAACCUAUACCAGUAUGCAGCAAACACCUUGCAAUCACCCUCUCCCCUUCUCUGUCUAUAUAGAGAGUUUGGGCUACUGAACUAGCCAACACUUGGGCUACUGUUUGGGAGGCCUGGGCUGUUUUUUUCUUAAGCAUAUUUUAUAAUACUGAACAACCACAUCUACCCUCCAAAGCCUUGGAGCCUCAUCAUUUCCACUGAUUAAAAACUUUCUCUUCCAUGGACUUUAGUUUAAGCCUGGUAGGAAAGAUAAAUGGGGCAGGGAAAGAAUAUACCAUCUUUCUUCCAGACCCGACUGCUCCUUUGGCCAAGGUUUGUACCUACCACACCAUGCAUGACUCAGAUGCCUUCAAGUCCCUUUCUUUAAGGUAUAUGUACUGUGUAUGUUUGGGUUGAAGUACUACCUAACAUUAAAGGAAGGAUUUAGAGAGA